CAAAGUAGAGCUCUCCAUGGUAAAUAAUGCAGAUCUUGAGGGUCCAAAGGUCUUAGUCUUUGACACAGUGACUCCUGCUGAUAAACCAUCACCACCAAAAGAUCUUCGUAUAAGAGCAAGUGAUACGAAAUCAUUUCAUCUUACAUGGAAUAUUCCAGAGUUUACAAAUGGCCGAUUGCUGACGUAUCAGGUAACAUGCUACGUGAACGCAACAUACGUAGUGUUAAAGCAAAUACUGGCGUCUGAGACUAGCGAGACAUUUGUCAGUAAUCUUGAGUCUGAGACAACGUAUGAGUGUGAAGUCAAAGCAUCAACAAAAGCAGGUUAUGGACCCGUGGCGAAAGACUCUUUUCAAACAGAAACAGGAGGGAGUCAAGAAUGCACAAGACAACCCAAUACAAAUCAACAUGUACAUGUAGGUUUUAUCAUUGGGGUGGCGAUAGGUGGCGCGCUGUGUAUCCUGAUAUUAAUUGUCAUUAUCGCUGUACUUCUCAGACGAAACAAAAGUUUCAGGAACACAUCAGAAAGUAAAUUGGACAAAGACUACCAAAAUAUGGAAUCAAUCCCUACGGGACGACAUGAACAGAGUAUGGAGUAUGAUGGAAUUGAAAUGA